UGUUGUGUAGGCACAGGCCCGCUGUGAUUUGGUAGCUGCUGCAGUAGGAGGAAGGACCGCGGGUCUGCUCCUGCUAUCGUUUAUUUUCGACUCGGAAUUCUGUCGGCAGCUGGUUGUAGUAGCGAUCUACGAUCGUCUAAGUAUACUCUAGUCGUGGUCUAUGAUAUUUACGUCGGUGUGUUAUCAACGGACUGAUAUCAAUCGCCAUUUUAACCGCACGUUUUGCCUGGCAGAAGCGCUAGCACAACAAUGGCUCUGAAAAGAAUCCACAAGGAAUUGAAUGACUUCGCACGGGAUCCCCCAGCCCAGUGUUCUGCUGGUCCAGUAGGAGAUGACAGUUUUCAUUGGCAAGCCACAAUAAUGGGGCCUAAUGACAGUCCUUAUCAAGGCGGGGUUUUCUUCUUGACCAUACAUUUCCCCACAGACUACCCCUUCAAACCACCAAAGGUUGCAUUUACCACAAGAAUCUACCAUCCAAAUAUCAACAGCAACGGCAGCAUUUGUCUUGACAUCCUGCGAUCACAGUGGUCUCCGGCUCUCACCAUCUCCAAAGUUCUCCUGUCCAUCUGCUCUCUUCUGUGUGACCCAAACCCGGAUGACCCCUUAGUACCAGAGAUCGCCCGUAUCUACAAGACGGACAGGGAAAAGUACAACAAAAUAGCCCGGGAAUGGACACAAAAGUAUGCAAUGUAGUGUUGGUGGAGCAAAAUCAUUGCCAACCAGUUCUAUGACAAAAGUUUGGGAAGCUUGAGAGUUAAAGAGAAAACAAACAAAAAAACCCACAUACAAACAAAUGAAAUGUUUAAAAUAAGAUCUCGCUCGUUUCCGUUGGAGUGCUUUCGUUGAGCCACGCCUCCCCAUCACCAGAGUACCUCUGCCCCUCUCAUAUGUGUUGUCCCCCCCCCCCCCCCCCCCCCAUGUCUUCAUCUCUUUCUGUCUUGCCUCCCCAACUACUUGACAUGCCCUCCUGACCAUGAACUAACAUCAACCUUGCAAUGGUAGGAAGCGCCUCUUUUUCAGUGACCCACUCUUUUAUUGCUCACAUCUGUACUGCCUUUUUAGUUUCCUUGCAGGUUUGGUUCCCCAUUUUCUGCCCAUCCCAGAUAGUCAGUUACUUGAGGCAUUCCUCUGAGCAUCUAAACAUUUGAAGGGACCUGUUUAUUUUUUUGAGGGGCACUCAAAAUUGGGGGAAUUUUCACACUCUCCAUCCUUUGUUUCAUUUUUUUCCCCCUUUUUUGAUUCUCAUCUGUCAAGAAAGCAGACUGACUGAGUCCAAGGACACUCUUUAUUAAAUACAUGACAACACCCAUGUUGAUGUUAUACACACGGACAACUGUACCGGGUAUUUAAUAUUUUUCGUUUUUCUAGUUCAACCUGUGUUUGUACCCCCACCCGAUAACUCUAGGUUGCUUCUUUUCUUUUUGUUGUUUGGGUUUUGUUAAAUUUAGAGGCUAACAUCCUAAAUGGCUCUGGGACUGGCUUGGGCUCUGAGUGCGAGGAGAACCCACUCUUCUUGCACAAAACCUCUGUAUAUUGAAUUACCUGAGAGGCUCGUUGAGCUUUGUGUGUUGAUUAAACUGUGUAAUAAAAACCUGUGACUUCUG